CCCUCGUUUUUUCUGAUCCUGUUGGAAAUAUUCUCGUCACCUCACGAUCCAACUAACCCAUCCAGCAACAAUGGCCGCUGAAACCGCUCGAUCUGGCCUGGCCGUCGGCCUCAACAAGGGUCACAAAACCACUCCCCGUGUCGUCAAGCCCCGUGUUUCCCGAACCAAGGGUCACCUGAGCAAGCGCACUGCUUUCGUCCGUGAGGUCGUCAAGGAGGUUGCUGGCCUUGCUCCCUACGAGCGCCGAGUCAUUGAGUUGCUCCGCAACUCCAAGGACAAGCGUGCCCGUAAGCUCGCCAAGAAGAGACUCGGUACCUUCGGCCGUGCCAAGGCCAAGGUCGACGAGCUCCAGCGCGUCAUUGCUGAGGCCCGCCGUACUGGUCACUAAAUCAACCCGAUUUGAUCUGAUUUUUUUUGGGAAUCUGGCACCGAACGGGGUUCGCAUGGAUUGGCGUGGUCACGAUUUGAUCGAUUAAAAAAUUAACGGCUUGGACGCGCCGUGGCAGGGAUUUAGCUGCGGAUCACCGGAAUACCAACACUUUCAAGAGACUUAUGGCGUAAUGAUCAAGCCAUGUUCCAA